CUGUUAUCGAAGCCCAAGUUUAGUGGAGUUGAAAAAAUCAAGACAAUUGGAAGCACAUAUAUGGCCGCCACAGGAUUAAGUGCAAUGCCCAGUCAAGAACACAGUCUGGAACCUGAGCGACAAUAUAUGCAUAUUGGGACUAUGGUAGAGUUUGCAUUUGCCCUUGGAGCGAAACUGGAUGUAAUAAACAAGCAUUCCUUUAAUGAUUUCAAACUUCGAGUAGGUCACGGAAGAAACCAGUAACAUCUUACAAACAUUGGGGUACAUUUGUACCUGCCGAGGUGUCAUUAACGUCAAAGGGAAGGGAGAGCUCCAGACCUUCUUUGUACAUACUGAAAUGACUAAAUCCCUUUCCCAGGGGAAUGUGGCAUCAUGAAAUAUAUCAAGGGUAGACAGUCUCAUAUUUUUAGAGAAAAUGCACCCCACACUUGUUUCUUAAAUCUCCUCUAGCCCACACCAUGAACAACAUGUGUGUAUUUUUCUGGUGUGUAGAAAUGUUGCUGUAGUCGUGUCUACAGUCUCAUCCCACCACUCACCACCAAGAGACCUCGGUAGUUGUCAAGAUUCCAGAAAUGGCCAAUGCGAGUGCUGUGCACUGAGAUAAUGACAGCUUGAUUUAUAUUCUUGACUCUCUCCAGUGGUUAAAAAAAAAAUUGAGGGAAAUAAACAGAGUUGUAAAAAUUAAUGGCCUGAUGCAGGAGGAGGCUAUGAAGACAAUAAUUUAAAAAAAUAAUAAUAUAGAAAAGCACUUGACGGCAAUAAAAUUAGAGCUGCAUGAAACAUCGUGGAAAAUAUGGUAGCUCCAUGUAACAUCCUCUAAUCCUGAAUUAUAUAAUUCUGAAUAUCUUAAUUCUAUCCCUUCAUCAUUACAACUUGGGUGUGUUCACUAGUUGUGUCUCACAGCCAACAACAUAAAAUAGAGCUUCAGGCUUGAUAGUUUCCCCAGAGGAAUUCAUAGACAAGCAGGACCAGUUUUGUAUAAAAUGUGUUUUGAUGCCCUUGUCUUUUGUAAUAUAAACUCAUUAAAGGUUUCUAUGUAC